AUGAUCAACAGAACAUCAGACUAUGAGGCAAACUACAAUUCACUGCAAGAAAGAAAUGAGAGCAGCUACCAGUCAACUUUCAGUUUCACAACCCAAUCUCAUGAUGAGCAUGAUGACUACUUUGUAGCAGAAGUAUUCAACAACCAGGAAUUAAACAACACAAGCAUAUUCGAGUCAAUGCAAGUACAGGAGAUUGAUUCAAGGGCUAUAAGAACACAGCACAACACAUCUGCAAGCUCUAGGAUAGCUACCUGUCAAAAUGACAACACAUAUGCAUGGAAUCUAUCAGACUAUUCAGUUGUUGAACAAUCACUUCAGCCGCCAACAGACUGGGAUGAAAGAAAUGGAAGCCAGGAACUUACAGAAGAAGAAGUUGAAGAAUUCAUCAGGAAAGAACAGGAAGCAGCUGCAGAUGGGAAUAAUGCAGAUACUGAUAGCAAGUAUACACCCCAGAUUGGCAUGGAAUUCAAGACUAGAGAUGAUGCACACCAUUUCUUCGGCUUCUAUGGCUUCAUAGCAGGAUUUGAAGUGGUUGUUACUCAUACAACAAGAACAACAAGUAAGAAACGAAACAAUGAGAUAUACAAGCAGGAGAUGAGAUGCCACAGAUAUGGAAAAGGAACACAAAAAAAGACAGAAGAACAAGAAGAACAAGAACAGAUGCAUGAUGAAGCAAAGAAGAAAGGAGCAAAGAGGAAGACAAACAUACAAGUGAAAUCAAACUGCCCAGUGUUAAUGGAAGUCAAAUUAGAAAAUGAUAAAUGGAAGGUAGUAAGGCUCGACCUAGACCACAAUCAUGAGCUGAGUCCACAGAACAGGAAUCAACUAUUCAGUGGCAGGAAAUAUAUGACAGACAUGGAGAAAUCAAUGAUAAGGACACUGAACAAUAAUAACAUACCAACAAGGAAGAUGAUUGCAAUACUAUCAUACCUAAGAGGCAAUGUGACAGCCCUACCAUAUAAAGCAAAGCAUGUACAGAAUGAGAGAACUAAGAUAAAUAGAGAAGUAAAAGGAAAUGACAUGAACAAAGUGAUACACUACUUUAUGAAGAGGGCAGCAGAAGAUUCAACAUUCUUUUACAAGUUACACGUAGAUGAAGAAAACAAAGUGAAGAGCAUAUACUGGAGAGAAGGCAUAUCACUCAAAUGGUAUGCAGAGUAUGGAGACUUCCUAAGUUUUGAUACGACCUACAUGACAAAUAGAUACAAUCUUCCUGUUGCACCUAUAGUUGGAAUAUCAGGACAUGGACAUACAAUAAUUUUUGGAUGUGCAUUCAUAUCAGAUGAGACUACAGAAACAUUCAAAUGGCUGUUUGAGACAUUCCUAGAAUCUAUGGGAGGUAAACAUCCAAAGACAAUUAUUACAGACCAAGACCAAGCUAUGAGAGCAGCCAUAGCAACAGUAAUGCCACAAACAACUCAUAGGAAUUGCUUCUUUCAUAUAAAGUCAAAAUGCUACAACAAGAAUGGAAGGUGCUUUGCAAAAAAUGAAGGAUUACCAGAGAGAUUUGAAGACAUUGUAAACAACUCAGUGACAGAAGAAGAAUUUGAAUACCUGUGGCAGAAAAUGAUAGCAGAUUACAAGCUAGAACAAAAUAAAUACUUCAACAAGAUGUGGGAAAACAGGAACAGAUUCAUACCAGUGUAUUUCAAAGAGGACUUCUAUCCAUUUCUUCAAAGCACUGGACGAAGUGAGCAGACGAAUGCUCGGUUGAAGGACAAUGUGGGACCUACAUAUAGCAUACACAGUUUCAUCAUAGAGUACCAAAGAAUCAUAGAUAGAAUUAGCAUUAUGGAAAAUACUGAAGAUAAUGUGAGCAAACAGAAGAGACCUAAAGAACUACAGACUGGAUACAAAAUAGAGUUACAAGCAGCUGAGCUUUAUAACAGGAAUAUAUUCCUAAAGUUUCAGUUCCAACUCAAGAUGACAGAAAGACUAAAAUACAAAGAGACAGAAGAUGGAAAAUGCUUUGAGGUAUGGCACAAGUCAAACAGAGUUCAUCAGCUUCAAACAAACAGAAAAUAUAUAGUCCUAACUGAUCUAACCAAAGGUAAAGAAGAAUUCAGCUGCAUAUGUGCAAAGUUCAGCAAGGAUGGUAUACUAUGCUGCCACAUACUCAAAGUGAUAGUAGAAGAAGAAAUAGAUGAGAUACCUGAAAAGUAUUUCAUUGACAGAUGGAGGAAGAAGGAAUCAAAAUUGAUAAGAAGACAACCAGAAGAAACACCUGCAACCAAUGAACUGCUCAGAUUCAAUGUGUUGUCUAGAAAAGCAGCACUGUUAACAUCUAAAGGGUCAAAGAGUGAAGAUCUGAUGACUUACCUUGAUGAAGAAUUUGAUAGAAUCAAUCAAGAGAUGGACCUAAUCAAACAGGCUAUUGAAGAAGAACAAGAAGAUUCCACACAAGUUGAAGAAGAACACAAUGAACAGAUUCUACAUCUAGAGGAUCCAAUCAGGAUAAAGAACAAAGGACGACCAAAGAAACCAGUAAGGCUAAAGGCAAUAGUAGAAGAAAUCAAACAAAAGAUGGCUGCUCAGCAAGCCAAAAAGAACAAGAAUCCAACUAGCAGAAGCCCUGCAGGAAAAAGCAAGAAAAAACAGAAGAAGGCUACUGAAGACAUUGCAAAAGAAGAGAGGAGACCAUCUGCAAAAAAAGCAUUAGCUCCACAGAUGAAGACAUAG